AUGGCUGCUUCAUCUGCAUCUAUGAUUGAGAAUCAGCAGAGUGCUGAUGUGGCUUCUUUUGGGAGUGCUGAUGCUGCUUCUCCCAGAAGGAACCGAAACCGUCCCGGACAUCCAAAUCUGGAAGCUGAGGUUGUUAUGCUUUCUCCUGAAUCUCUAACGGCCAAAAACCGUUUUGUAUGUGAGCUGUGCGACAAGGGCUUUCCAAGGGAACAGAACUUGCAACUGCACAGGAGAGGGCACAAUCUGCCGUGGAAGCUAAAGAAAAACACAAAUCAGGAGGUGCAGAAGAAGGUAUACGUCUGCCCUCAGACUGGAUGUCCCCACCAUGAUCCGUCAAAGGCUCUGGGAGAUCUCACCGGCAUUAAGAAGCAUUUUGCUCGCAAACACUGUGAGAAACAAUUCAGUUGCAGUAGGUGUCACAAGAGGUAUGCUGUGCUUUCUGACCUCAAAGCGCACAGUAAGAUAUGCGGAACAAAGGAGUAUAAGUGCGAGUGUGGAUUUACCUUCUCUAGGCGUGAUAAUUUUAUCACCCACCGCUCCUUUUGUGAUGUCCUCGCUCAAGAGCUGGCUAGGCACACCAUAAACCCCUCACCCUUGAGCACUGCUGCUUCUAGCGUUCUUGCAAAUGCUGCUAACCCUGCCCCUGUUAGUCAGGGAUCGGCUGAGGGUUUAUUGUUUCAAGCCAACCAUCAGCAAUUCGCGUCUCUUGUGCCGGUUGGAUCUGUGCAGGUCGGAUCUGCUUUCCAGCCCCUGCCCCCGAAUUUCCCUGUUGGUCCAUUUCCGGGGACAAAGCUAGGCUUUCCCAUAGCCUCUGAUUCUUCUGGGAUUCACGGCAUUCCAGCCUACCCUGCACCAACCAACAUGUUUAGUGCUGGUUUCAAUGGGGGUCUUAACAUGGGCACUGCUCAGAAUGAGAUGGAUUUCAACAUCCACAACUCAUUCAGUGGUAUGUUGAUGAAUGUGGAGACUUCUUCUUAUAAUGUUCUGAACAGUGCCCCAUUUCCUCAAGCCCCCGCCCCUGCGUAUCUUCACAAGGGCGCACUGACUGCAGCUGAUCCCAACAGUGUCGGCAUGAUGAAGAGUAUGGGGAGCUUUUCUGGUGCAGUGAAGAUUGAAAACUACGAGGGAGGUAUGGGAGCUGGAAUCAAAUUAUGA